UAAACAGGAAGUGAAGCGCUGCUCUCUCUUUCGGUGGUUUUGUGUACUUUUCUUUCAUACUAAGGACACGAAAACAGACCAGGAACUUGAGAGGAGUUUAUUUAACGAUAUUCUUCAUUUAAAGAAGAGAAGAUGGCGUUGCUUGAACCAAGGCCAGUAUGGAGAUAAGGAGCGCUUUCUCACGCCUGUUAUGAAUCCCAGCUCCUCGUCGGGAGGCUCUGAGGGCCAGUCCCCUGAAGAUGAGCUGACGGAUGAUUGGCUCUUCCUCCCCGCUGAGUUGAAUGGGGAUCAGCACCUGGAGGAGAGCCGGGUGGACGAGGAGGCCGAGGACAGAGGCAAACUCAAGUCUAAGCUGGUGUCAGCGUGGAACAGUGUCAAAUAUGCUGCAGGCUGGUCCUUGAAACAGAAAUCCAAAUUCAGCAAAAGCUCUCCUGUGAUCAUGCUGGGGAAGUCCUACGACCUCAAGGAUCAAGGUGAGCGAGAGCGCUUCCGCCGCUGCUUCACGUCUCUCCUGUGGCUGACGUACAGACGGGGGUUCCCUCCUCUAUCAGGGGUCUCUCUGACCACCGACAGCGGCUGGGGGUGUGUCCUGAGGACGGGGCAGAUGCUGCUGGCUCAGGGUCUGCUGCUGCACAUGAUGCCACCAGGUUGGACUUGGUCUGCAAGCAAACCCGCCGUCAAAGAUGAUAUGGACCUGCUGAACAGCACAGAACGAGCACUGUAUUCACAGGAAGAAAUGGAAAAGAAGACCCGGAGACACAGCUUGGACUCGUACCUGGACAGACUGAUGGAGGCGACACACAGACGGGUGGUUAAGUGGUUUACGGACCAACCUACUGCCCCCUUUGGGAUUCACAAGCUGGUGGAGUUGGGGAAAAGUUCAGGGAAGAAGGCUGGGGACUGGUACGGACCAUCCAUCGCUGCUCACAUCCUCCGGAAAGCUGUGGCUGCGUCUGCAGAUGUUCCUAAUCUGGUGGUGUAUGUUGCACAAGAUUGCACCAUCUAUUUAGAGGAUGUGAAGCGUCUGUGCGAGCGACCUCCUCCUCAGUCCUGGACGUCCAUCAUCAUUCUGGUUCCUGUGCGACUCGGAGGACAGGAUCUCAACCCCGCCUACAUCACAUGUGUCAAAAAACUUUUGACGUUACAAAGCUGCAUCGGAAUCAUCGGAGGAAAACCAAAGCACUCGCUGUUCUUCGUCGGCUUCCAGGACGAUCAUCUGCUGUACUUGGAUCCUCACUACUGUCGGCCCACAGUCGAUACGACACAACAAAACUUUCCCCUGGAGUCGUUUCACUGUAAGCAUCCCAGAAAGAUGUCUUUCUCCCGCAUGGAUCCCAGCUGUACUAUCGGAUUCUAUGCAAAAGGACAAAAGGACUUCGAAUCAAUGUGCUCGGCUGUGAAUGAGGCUCUCUCCACAUCUGCAGAGACGUACCCCAUGUUUAUUUUUGUGGAGGGAAGGAGUCAGGAGGAAGAGGACGCUCGCAGAAUGUCCAUGAACAACAUCACGUACAUCCAGAGGAAGAGUGAGCAUAAGAAAGUCGUCCCGAGCAACAGUAUGGACGAGUUUGUUCUGUUAUGACUAAAAAGAGAUCAGUGCUGCUCUAAGAAAAGAAGUAAAGUCAACAAUCAGUGAAACUAAGAGAAUUUGCAGAUAGAAAUCCUUCUUAUCAUCCAAACUCAGGAACCUCUCCUAUGCAGAAGUCGUCAGAAAACAUGAAUGAAACUUUAUUUUUAUUGCUUCUAUGUAUUUUUAUUUAUUGUUUUAAGAACAGGAAAUAUAAUUGCAUCUGCCAGCCUGCACUUAGUCUUUGUAAAGUAAGAUAAAAUAUAUUCUCCAGGGACCAACAUGGGCAUAAGGAGUCUCUUUUUAAAGUCAGGAUUUGCUUCUGUUAAAUUAGAUCUCUGUAAAUAUGAGACUCACACAAGAAGCUCAGAACAAACUUAACUAGAGAACAAAUUAGAUUUACUUAAUAGAUUCUUGCUGGGAAUUGAUUUAUAUGAGCUGGGAUAUUUUUGUUGUCUUCUCUACAAAUAAACAGUUUUUAA